AUGGAGGAAGCAGCACGCACAUCCACGGAUGCGUUUGGGGAUGAUCAGGGGCCAACGGGGGACAAGCAGGGGUCAUCUGCGGCCUUUGCUAAGCCUGGCAGCAGCGCACCCGCCUGCCCUGCGGCCAGGCCUAGCAGCGCACCCGCCUGCCCUGCGGCCAGGCCUUGCAACACAUCAACCUGCCCUGAGGCCAGGCCUAGCACCAGCCCGGGAGCGUGGUGUGGACACUACCGGUCAGCCUCACAGCUUCUUUUUUCAUGGAGCGACCCUGAUGUCGUGGAACUACAGCCAGGAUCCUCCGUGUUUGUGGAGCAGCGGGCGCUGCAGGCGAUACGGAACUCUGCAAAAACACCCACUGCCAUGGCAAGGGGGCUCCUGGCUGCAGUGUUCACCAGGCACGCUCUGCUGACCUGUUCUAUAAAGGGCCAAAAGGCCAAAGGCAUGUACAAGCCGUUAGCACAGCGGCCAUCUCUGCACCCUGCGGGCAUCGAUGCCAUAUUGGCAUAUACAAAAGCCGCAGCUGCAGCCAAGGGCUGGGAUUACGCUGAAAAGCUUGUGGUGCCCUCAAUGGGCACCAAGCUCGCCGAGCUGAGGUCAGAAGAGAAAAAAGCUGCGCCAGGCCUCUAG